CGCGCGACCCAUUGACAACAGAGGGACAACAUAACUGAUGGGAAGCUAGCAUAGUUAUCAACCUCUACAAACGUUUCUCUGCUUGCAGUAGUGUUCUUGCAACUGUCAUGUUUUUACGUCGAUAUAAUUAAAAUUCGUUGUAGUUAGCGAAGCGGCUUGUCAGCUUUCUUGUAAGACGUUGAGUGUCAUCAGUUCGCACUCCGGAUUAACAUUAUUACUGUACUUCAAUCAAAAGCUACCUGGCAACUUGUAAGCUAGCUAUCUUAUGUUAGCUUGACUGAUUCAGUGGUGCCAUCCCCGCCUGGUAAAAAAAACAAUAUUUUUUUACUGGUAAAUCCAACGCUGGCUAGUUGUUCGGCCUGUUCGUCUUUUAUCGAGGUCCUAUAAGAAACACUGAUCAGAAAAUUCAGUGACAAAAGCAUGGCAUAAGGGGAGUAUCAAAGAGGCUACUGUACUGUCAAAUGAACUGUCAGACAUAACCAGAAUUGACAGGACUUGUGGGUAAGUGCAUGAUAUAGCUAGUUAGCUUUAGCUAGCAUCACAUCCUAUGAGUACAAACAUUUAAAGUUCCAGAAUGGAGUGGAAAUCAAAAUGGCAGCCAUACCAGACGAUGAUUCUGAUCCAAAUCAGUCUUAUUGGAAUACAUGAUUUGAUCGAUUUCUUAAUUUUGUUGUAACAUGUGUUCAUUGUUUACAUUUCUUUUAAAGGGAGGUUACAAUGAGACGUUUUGACAAGGGUUUGUUUACAAGAAUGCGUCAUUGCAACAAUAUAAAAGGAAUAUCAGAUAUAAAACAAUAGAAAAAGUGUUAUUUAGUAUCAACAAGCACCAGAAGGGUAAAGAAUGGUAAGGACUGUGCAUAAACGUUACCUGAACGUGAAAUGUGAAUAACUUUGUUAUAACACGGGUAUUUAACAAAAGUGACUACUACUAAAGUACCACACAGAAAGUCUUAGCCAUAACAGCUACUUGUGCAGCAGAUUUAGACUAUGUUUUAUGGAAUCUGGACACACCCCACAUGCCUUUAUUAAUUAGGCUAUUACAAUUUGUACUCAUAACAUUUUCACCCAGCACAGCCAGAAGAGGACUGACCGCCCCUCAGAGCCUGGUACCUCUCAAGAUUUUUUCUAUGUUUCGACCCAAUUAUGGUGAUUUUUUUCUAGCCACUGUGCAUCAACCCUGUUGUUGCUUGCUCUUUGGGUUUCAGGCUGAUAUAAAAAGGACUUUAUAAAUGUGAUUGAUUGAAACUACUCACCAUAUCCAUGCAAAACUUAAAUCAACCUAUGAUCUGCUGAUUUGAUCAUCGGGAAUGCUCUUUCUAAGACCUGGUUUUGUUUCUCAGGGAGGUUGAAAUACCAAACGUUUGGGGACAAGUGAUAAUAUUGUCCAAAUUAAACAUUAAGUAGACGGGAUGUCCGAGCCCCGAGUCAGCAUGGAGGAAGAGGAGGCUGGAGCCGGGAGAGGGGAGAGAAACGCCAGGUCGGCCAAACCAGAUCAGUCCUCGGAUGAAGCUCAGAGACCUGGGCAGCUGGGGCUGCCCUCAGUCUCCCGGCUUCCCUCUGCUGAGCCAAGCCCCUCCCCUUCCGGUGAUGGAAGCGGACUGCUGUCGCUGCCGUGGGAGAUGGUGGCCCGCAUCGCCUCACACCUCCCGGCGCAGUGUGUCAUCACAGUCCUGCCCCAGGUGUGUCAUGCGCUGGGUAACGUGGGGAAGGACAGCACGGCCUGGCAGCUGAGGGCACGCAGGCUAACCGGCCCCAGAGCCUCCUUCCCCGUGGGGCCUCGGGACAACUUUGACUGGCCCUCGGCCUGCCUGGAGAUGGAGGAGCUGAUUGCCUGCUGGACGGGGCAGGGAGAGAGGGCGGCCCGGGAAGCCGAGCAGGCCAAGAGGGAGAGGGACGUGGAGAGGGCCCAGGAGAGGGAGAGGGAACGAGAGGCCCUGGCAGAGGAAGGAGUUGGCCAGUGGGAGGAGGUGGAAGCGGGCAGGCCCCAGAUGGAUGAGGGGAUCGAGGUGGAGGCAGUAGCCGAAGAUGGCUUUCGGUUGGAGGGAGUGAGGGAAGUAGCGUUGGACAGGGAAGAGUUGAUGGAGGACCCGGGAGGAGAUCUCCGGAUCGGUGUUGGGGAGAGGGAGGAGAGGCAGGAGGCUGCAGCCGAGGCCAUGAUGGAGGAAGACCGGGACGACGAACAGGCAGUGCUGGAGGCCAUCGAGGUGGAGGAGAGAGUGGGUGUUUUGCCGGAUCGAGACGCUCAUGAUGACGCAGCGGAACCCAGACAGGAGGAGAGGAACGGGUCCAGCCGGCCACCCAGCCCUCCGCCGGCCCUGGAGCGACUCUCCCUUCCCUCGGGGCACAUCGCCGAGGUCAACUCGGUCCUCCUGGUAGGGGGCGAGGGGGCGGUGUGCGCCUCAGGCUCCCGGGACAGGAACGUGAACCUGUGGGACCUACGGGACGGGGGCUCCACCGGCAGGCUGAUCCACACGCUGGGGGGCCAGGGCCUCUUCAGCACCCACAGGGGCUGGGUAUGGUGCCUGGCGGCCCGGGGACCCCUACUGGCCUCCGGCUCGUUCGACAGCACGGUUAGGCUUUGGGACCUGGGGGCCCAAGGUGCAGAGAGGGGCCUCAUCAGGGCCCGGGCAGCUGUGCUCUGCCUUGCUCUCCCUCAGACGGACGUGCUGCUGGCUGGCACCUACGACAAGAAGGUCAGCAUCUACGACACCAGAGUGGCAGAGCCUUUGGUGAAGAGUCUUCGUCUCCAUAGCAACGCGGUCCUCUGCCUAGCCGCAGACGAGCAGUACAUACUGUCUGGAAGUAAAGACCGCACCGUUGUCAUUUACGACCGCAGGGCAGGAAAAACCCUGCAGAAACUACAGCUGAGCUCCUACCUGCUCUCGAUGUGCUACAGUGGCAGUGAGGUCUGGGCGGGAGACAACCGGGGCACGCUCCAUGCCUUCUCCAUGCAGGCCGGUUCCUUCAAGGCCAUCUCUCAGUUUGACGUGGGACACACCUCGCUGGUCACCGGCAUCCACCGGUCCCCUGGGAGCCUCUACACCUGCUCUGCUGACCGCACCAUCAAGGUGCACCUCCCCUGUGCCCCACCAAGAACGCUGUGCACACUGCAUCACCAGGCAGGCGUCAGUGGGUUGAGUGUGGAGGCUGGAGUGCUGGCCAUUGCCUCGGGAGAAAUGUGUGUGGAGGUGUGGAGGGCGAGGAGGUGAGGAGGACCACAGGGCUUACACAGCCCUUUGUCUAAGAACGUUCCAGAAGUGAUGCAAGAUCACAUUGUGGUGCAAGUACUGACAAGAUAUUGAAUUCUAAUGGUCAAUAAUUUACAUUCUAAACUUCCUGAGAAGCUUUAAGCAUGUGACAGACCUGUGCUUUUAGCUUUACCCAAAAACCUGUGCGUACAAAAUCAAACCACUUGUGUGUUGAAUGUGUUGUUAUUUAAGUCCUUACCCAUUACCAUACAUUUAUCAAAGAAAAUAAGCCAAGUGAAGAAAGCUUCUUGUUCUUGUUAAAAUGUUAGAGUGCUAAUAACACUUCCUGGUGCAGUGUAAUUUUGUCUUUGUGUGUCCAUGUGUUGUAUACCAAGCACUCAUUUGAAAGCUUGACUUAGUCAACUGGAUUUCAGCUUAAAGGGUAUCAUUGCCAGCUAAUGUUAGGCACAACACUAUAAUUAAGGGUUUCAGGCAGUUGGUUGUUGCUUGUUGACUGAAAAGACACUCCAGUAAAAGCAUUCAAGAUUGUUCUAGUUCUAUUUUUUGGGGAUUGUCAUUCUUCUGCUCUGUGACAAUUUUCAGGUCCUGUGCAGUGUUUAAUUGGAUUUUUAAAUCACUUAGUCUAAUAUCACUGUGUAUUUAUUUUUUGUAACCAAAAUAUAUUUUUUUAUUUAUUUCCCUCAACCUCCAUUGGUCCUUGAAAUAUUUGGUCUGAUUGUGUGGUUUGUUAACAGCUGUAAAAACACUUCUGUACACAGACCUGAUCAGCAUGCAGCCAGCCUCAGCUGAACAGUUAUUGGUUUAUUAUAUUAAAAUCUGCCUAUAAUCAUACACUCGGCCAAAGGUACAAUCCAACCUUAGAAGGUGGACAUGUCAGCACUUAGAAAGAAAGGCGUUAUCAUAAUUUUAACCAUUUGAGUGUUAUUUGAAUCUUAGUGUACAAACAUUUAAACUGAUGUGGAAACAAAUAAAAAAAAUCUGUCAAGCUGUAUGUGACAUAUUGAUUGUAAAGUUUUAUUAUAUAUAUUUUUUAAUGUCUUUAUUUCUGAGAAGGGUAACUCUAGCCCGUGUCUGCUGACGUUCUUGCACUCCGUACUACUCUGAUCUUGUGUCAGUUAAAGAAACAUUCUGUCAUUCUUUAGUUAUCGUUCUCUUGUAGAGUACCACACCAAAUCUGGCCAUGUUGUGAAGUCUUUAUUUAAUUACUAUAUUCAGAUUUUGAAGAAUUAUCAAGUAAGCCUUUCACUGUACCAUUUACACCCACUGUGCUGUGCAGGUGACAAAUAAACAUAGACAUUAUCUGAAUCCUUUUACUGGAAUCCUUGCUCAAGUGCCUCGUUUGAGUGCAAAACCUGUAAAUGCCCAAUUGUAAUGUGUUGCUCGCAAAUGUUUUCCAUUCAAGUUUGUGUCAUACACACCGACAGUGUUUAUGCUGCUUAGUUUCCUUCGCAUGGUAAAUUAUAUCAUAUUAGCUCACUGCCUGCGACUCCUCCUCACCUGUUACAAAAGAGCCCUCUGAAUGUACAAUACUCAAAUUAUGACCAUUUUGUUACUGUGUGAAUGUGUUGUGAUUUCUUUUGUUAUAAAUAAAAUGUUUACACUUAAUGAA